GAGGGAGGGAGAGACACGUUGAUUGGUUGCCUCCCGCAAGCGCCCCAACCAGGGCAGGGAAUGGAACCUGCAACCCAGGUAUGUGCCCUUAAUCGGGAAUUAAACCUGCAGCCCAACUAGGGCGGGCUAUUUCUGUUGUUAUUGUUUAUUUUUUUAAUGCUAUUGUUAUGAUUGAUGCUGCUCCAGAGCAGCCCCGGAAUGUCCUCAAAGCCCUGGAAGGGGAGAACUCAAAGCCUGGUCAGGCCUCCCCUCCAUCCCAUCCCCCUCAGUCCCCCUGUGGAUUGUGACGUAGGCAGACCAAGGGUCUGGCCGGAAAUCCCCCUUCCUGUUGCAGAUAAGCCUGGACCAGCCCAGCUGUACCCAAACCCUCCUCCCCACCUCCACCACCCAUUUCGCAGAAUCAGGUCCCCAAGAUGGAGAACCUGUCCGCCAAGCCCCCUGUCCCACUCCCAUCACCCCCCUGCAUCCCCCAUUGCCCAGCCUGCUGUUCCCCAAGCUUCUGUCCAAGUCCUAGCCAUCCCUGCAGCAGGACAGCCCCAGCUACAGGAGGCAGGCGGCCAUCCCUGAGGGGGGGGAGGCGAGAGGAGUGUAGCUCAGCCCCGCCCAGCCCCCUGCAACUCGACCUAGCUUCAACCCCCAGCUCUGACGUCUUGGAAAAUUCCCCCCUGUCCAGGCCCCCAGGGGAGGGGAUGCAUGGUAUGAAAUGGGGCUGAGACCCCCAGGUGGGGACAGAGGAACCCACCAGAGGUGAGCCAUCAUGAACUGGGGACUGGAGGUCUGGACUACUGCGUCUGAGGAAAAAGGGCUGAGGUCCCUCCUGGUCUGAGCAAAAAGGACACUGGAGGCCAAGAUUCCAGGGUCCUGGGGAAGAAGGGAGCAGAGGGCCGAACUACUGUGUCUGAGAGAAGCAAGGGCUGGGGCCCAGACUGCAGGGUCCCUAGUGUCCCCAGCUCACCCUGUGCCUUUCCUCGCCCCUGCCCAGAACAUUCACAACAAGCAUCCAUGGACUUGUGGAAGUGGGAUGAAGCAUCACCACAGGAAGUGCCCCUGGGAAACACGCUGUCAAGGCUGGAAGGAGCUGAGCUCGGCUUCUGUUUCCCUGAAGUGGCGCUCCAAGGGGACACACUGACAGAAGAGACAUGCUGGAAAGAGCACGCCUCUCAGGCUCCUUCGUGGUCAGGAGACUGGAUACAACGGGGAUGCACCGGGUGGGACGCUUGGAGCCGAGUCCCGCCGGCGCUGGGCCCCGCCCCCUCCGCUGAGUCUCCGGGGGUCGCGGGCCACCACACUACCAUCUCCGCGGGCGGGACCCACUCGUGGAUGCGCGCCCCCACCACAGCGAGCUCCCCCGGCCGGGACUGUCCCUUUGGCUCCCACGGCGCCGCAUACUGGAGCCAGGGCCUCCGCGCGGAGGGGCGCGCCGACUCCAUUCCCUGGGGCGGGCCUGGGGGCUCGGACUGUCCCACCUCCUGGGACUCGGGGCUGCAUACGGCUUGCCCCACCUCUUCCAAGGAGCACCAGAGUUCCGAUCUCACCGCUUCCUCCGAACCGAAGCAGCAGUUGGACCGCGCAAGUUUGGCUCGUUACCCCAAAACUAACCACCGAGGUCCCAUUCAGCUCUGGCAGUUCCUCCUGGAGCUGCUCCAAGACGAGGCGCGUAGCAGCUGCAUCCGCUGGACAGGCAACAGCCUCGAGUUCCAACUGUGCGACCCCAAAGAGGUGGCGCGACUGUGGGGUGAGCGCAAGAGAAAACCCGGCAUGAAUUACGAGAAGCUGAGCCGAGGCCUGCGUUACUACUACCGCCGGGACAUCGUGCGAAAGAGCGGUGGGCGCAAGUACACGUACCGCUUUGGGGGCCGCGUGCCCGGCCUAGCUUAUCCAGACAACGCUGGGGUUAGGGUCCGACAGGGAGCAGCAACCCAAUAAAAAUAUCCGGUCAAACUUC